AACUUCUGUAUCAUAGGAAAAGCGAUGCAAUAAAGGUUAUGGGGAUUGGGGAACAUUUAUGUUAAAAAAAACUCAAGAAAGAAAAAAGCUGCAAGAGAAUAACUGAACAUAAUGUCUGGGUCCAGCAGUGAAGACGAUGGAGCUGGUGAAUACGUCUUUUAUCGUGAUAGAUCUGACUGGAAAGAUAUCAAGCCUAUACCACAGGAUGAAGACGAUCCUGUUGUAGCUAUUGAUUAUUCACCACAAUUCAUUGAUGUCUUCGAUUACUUCAGAGCCAUAGUAAAUAAGGGAGAAAAGUCUAAACGGGCCUUGAAACUGACACAAGACGCUGUUAAAUUGAAUCCAGCGAACUACUCAGUGUGGCAAUAUCGUCGGGAAAUUUUAAAAGAAUUAAAUGAGGAUCUUCAAGCAGAACUCCAUUUCGUUAGAGCAAUCAUACUUAAACAGCCGAAAAAUUAUCAGGUAUGGCAGCACAGAAGGAUCUUAGUUGAAUGGACUGAUGAUCCCAGUCAGGAAAAAGAUAUUACUGAGAGCGCAAUCAACCAAGAUGCAAAAAAUUAUCAUGCAUGGCAACAUAGACAGUGGGUAGUGAAGAGAUUCUCUUUGUAUGAAGGCGAAUUGGAAUUUACAGAAAAACUCAUCGAUGUAGAUGUUAGAAAUAAUUCAGCAUGGAAUCAUCGGUACUUCACUAUAAAUAAUUCAACUGGAUUCUCAGAUGAUGUAAUUGGAACUGAGAUUGGUUUCACCCUCAAGAACAUAAAUAAAGCUAAAGAGAAUGAAAGUUCCUGGAAUUACCUAAGAGGCUUAAUAUUUCAGAGUAAUAAUGGUUUGAGUAGAAAUAAGGAAAUAACUUCCUUUUGUGAAAAUUUAUAUCAGGGUGGAAACAGAUCUAUCUUUUUAUUGUCACUUAUUAUCGAUAUGUGCAAAGAACAACUAGAUAAAGAUAUUAAAGAUCCGAGUUAUGAACUUAGUAGGGGUAUAGAGUUAUGUGAAGAGCUUGCCAAUAAACUUGAUUGUAUUAGAGCGAAUUAUUGGAAUUAUUUAGCCGAUAGUUUAAGGAGACUUUCAGGUGGUGGUGAUGUCAAGGAUGUGUGAAGUUUAGAACUGUUGCACAAAAUUUUUCACUUCCAUUAUCAGAAAAUCUAUAAGAUACUUGGUCAACUCAUAGGUUAUCAGCAUUGAAGUGAUCUUACACAAUAGCAUCAAACAAUUUAUUCUUUGUGGUACAGUACUAGGUCUGAAAUCAGAUAUGUACCAAAAAAAUUUAAGUACCAAUUUCAAUAUAUACUAAAGGGGAUUAUAUUCAAAGUUAAAUGAAAUUUUAAUACAAAUUAUUUAUUCUACCUAAUUUCUAUGAUUUUGAAUCUAAGUUGACACAAGGUUUCGGAGUAUUUUAUUGGAAUGAAAACAGUUUCAGUUAAUUUUAUAUUGUUUAAGAUACAUUAUAUACUGUAUAAAUAGUAAAAGUAUAUUUUUAAUAAAUUUCAAACAAUUUUUAACACCUAUUGUAUCAGUAAUAAAAUUUCAUUUUUAAAUCAG